AUGAAGCAUCCAACAACCUCACACAAACGAAAAACGCUGUACAAGCUAUUGAAUAUGGGAAGCAUGCAACAGCAACAUCAACACCGGGGAAUGAAACACUAUGAAUACCAAGUCUUUGGCGGGGGAUCGCGAAGGAUUGGCGAGGAAUACGAAGAGGAAGAAACAUCACAGUUUCACCAUUCUUCUUCUUCUCCAUCUUCUCCCGCGUCCUUUGACCGACAUUCCCAUAUUCAUUCCCACACUCAUUCCCAUAUUCACACCACUCACACCACUCACAGUAAUAGUUACAAUACUUCCACCAAGACACCAGAGCUAAGCUCCACACCUAAAAUGAUCUCACAGAUUGGUGGCCUUGGUGUCUUUGAGUUUAUUGCUAGUUACUUCUCCAGAUGUAUUCUCGAAGAUCCUCAUUUGCACGAGGUUUACGGGGGAAUCUCCAAAGAACAAGCCUUCUUACUCCAUGUGGGAUUGUUGCUGUUUUGCGUCAAUGAUAACUUUAUCCAAUGCCUCAGCGAUAACUACGAAGAGGACGAAGAGGCGCUGCUCAUGAUUGCACGAGCACGGGAGAAUCCAGGCUUGCAAGAGCAAGUUCGCUUGGGGUUGAUGAACGAACCCAUGUACUUCAAUCGCGUAUUUCAUCAUUUGAUGGAGGCUCUGUCCGUCUGUCUCUGCCGCAAGAGCGUCCUCUUGUUGCUUUCCCGAUUGGCCAUGGUGCGAAACAUUCUCCAAGUCUUGCACAGGGAUCAAAUGAAUUACAAUUUGGCCACCAUUCGGGAACACGAAAUCUUGAGCGAACGCAGUGAAUCUUCUUCCUCUUCUUCAUCCACUUGGUCUUUUGCGUACCAGAGAUCCAAGGGUGCCACCAAUGAAUAG